GCACUUUUACUCAAAGCGAUCGGCUCCGACCUUGAUCGUGACCCAGACGAGACAUUGCAGGGAAGCAGUCGCGUCAGAUACCAAUUCUAUGUAGGAUGAUGGCAUGUCUGGCGGACGAUGGAUCCGCCGUAUUUCACGAUAAACGCGUGUAACCGUUGUCGCAAACGCAAAGCGCGUUGUGAUACACAGAUUCCUGCAUGCCAACCAUGUCAAAACUCAGGCUCGAUAUGUGACUACACAGAUGGCCGCUCGGGUGAUGUGCAUCCUCGAAGCUACAUCCAUGACCUGGAAGCUCAACUCAUGCGCCUGGAAGCUCAGCUUCGAGAGGUUGAUGAUGCGACAAUCGAGGUGUCGCCACCUACAUCGACAUUGCGCUCCGAUGACGAGCCUGCCCAAGACUUGAUUCGCGUGGGUGAUGAGGGGCAUGCUCAUUUCAUCGGAGCUUCAAGUGGAAUGUACUUGGUUCGAUCAGUUCUUGAGUCCGCUCAGCAGAACUAUCCCAACUUCGAAUCUCCAUCCGAGGCAACAGAAGCUCGAGUAGGACCAAAGGACUCGGCUAGCAGUAGUAGCAGAAUUGCCCUGCCAUCACGAGAGACAGCGAAUAGUCUCAUCGACACAUUCUUUAGCCAAUAUCAAGUCCAGUAUCCCAUCCUCAACCAGCAAGAAUUUACCAAGGCUGUCACAGAACUCUAUGAUAGCCUGAACGACAGAGAAGGCCAAGCUCGUUUGGCAACCGAAGACGUCUGGACCCGAUUCAUGCUCAACAUGGUUCUUGCCAUUUCUCUCAUGUUCAUGUCUAAUGACCAUAAUGAGAGCACGACCCUAUCGAAAGGCUUCACUGCUAAUGCCAUGGCAGAUAUCAGUCUGAUUAUGCAGACAAAGAAUGUACAGUCAGUGCAGUGUCUGCUUCUACUAUUGCUGCUGUCUAUCCUUGACUCAUCCUCUGCACCGGUCUGGUAUAUAUCUGGUCUCUGCAUGCGCAUGUGCAUUGAUCUUGGAUAUCACUCCGAGACCACAAUAGCUAUCUCUUCAUCCGAUAACGAUACUGAGGUUCAGAGAAUAGGGCAAGCGGAUACAAAGCGCAGACUUUUCUGGGUCACAUACAGUUUCGACAGGACACUCAAUAUCCUUCUUGGUCGGCCUUUCACCUUUGAUGAAUUUACUGUCGACAUUAAUCUGCCGAAGCAUUCCUUGCUACCAAGUAAAAGGCCACAAAUACUGCAUUGGCUUGAGUUGCAGCGACUUGAAAGCGAUAUCGUACACAAGCUCCACGCAGCAAGAGGUAAAGCCACUCAGGAGGAAGAGGGAACAGACCUUCCACAAUGGACGAUUGAGAUGGACCGACGCUUAAAAUCGUGGAACUCGGUUGCUCUUACUCUCACUGACUCCGAUGGUCAUAACGUCAACUGGUGGGGCUAUUGGUAUCGAACAGCAUUGCUCAUCCUCUACAGACCAUCACCGUCUCGUCCAAGCCUAUGUACUUCCGACACGUUGUCAUGCUACGAAGCGGCAAAGGAUCUCAUACAACUCUCGUUCCUUCGUAUCAGUGAAGGCCUAAUGGACUUCACCUGGAUAGACCUGCAUUUCCAAUUCAUGAGCGGAGUGACUCUCGUGUUCAUCGUCUGGAAGAAUACUCAGGCGCGCAUGAAGGCAAAAGAUGACUGGGUCUCAUUCAAGAGCUGCUUAUUUCAGUGGAAGACUAUUCUUGAGAAGCUUAGAGUACGGUGGGAGAGAAUUGCCCGGGCUCGUGAAGCACUAUCCAAAUUGGCUGAUGCUACAAUCGAUCUUGUCGAGAAGGACAUGAUGCGAUCAGCAGGAGGAGGCCAACAGCUACCGAUACACCAUAACUCAGAGGAAGCACGCCGAGAUCGAAGGCGCUCCAUCAUACAGCAGCUCCGGAGACAGGAUUCUGAUGGCGUGUCGCAACAAAACCCGGUUCCCGUUGGAAGUGAUACAAACAUGCAAAACUCGAGCCCUGGAAAUUUAGACCCAGGCACAAGUAGCAGAAGGAUCACUCAGAUCUAUGGAGCUGCUACGAACACUGAGAGUCAGGCCCAAUCAUCCACCGAUACGGGUGAGUACGCGACACAGUCUUUCGGCGAGAAUUGGACAGCUUUCGAACCAUCUACAAACCCUCAACAACAGUCGUUAUUUGGAGACACACAAGGCCAGAGCAACAUAUCAUCUAUGAUGACGGAAGAUACUUGGCCACUCUUCGAUCUCUCAGAUGUAGCGGUCGCACCCGAUGAGCUCAACUUCUGGACGUAUUUGUCAGCUCCAAUGCUUGGAGUUGAAGAUAUGGCAACCUCUCAGUUCAACCCUACAGGAAGGGCAGAUGAGUCAUUCACGAACAGCAUUCUUAACUUUCACGGAGACUUUAAUAACAUCACUCCUGAGAUGCCAGUUGAGUACCCAGAAGAUGGAGAUUAUGGAUAUAACGCUGGGCAGUAAUGGUUGGUUUAUGAAAGAAGUAUGGAUAUGUAAGAUAGAGCGAGAAUACCCUCGAAAUAUGAUUGAUAUUGUACUCACUAGUCUGAAAC